AACACAACAGGAGGGAAACUCGAGUAUGAUUAAACACGUUUAGCCAUUUUUUCUUGUUGGUAAACGUUGAAUUUUCUCGGGAAGAGGCAGCUGGAUACACGUAAGUUGGGGAUGGAGCGCUGCACUCCCAUGUUCCAAUUCUCUGGGAUCAAAAUUCGUGACCAGAAGAGAGCUUUGAUCCAGGGAAUAUAUCAUUUGAGUGGAAAAUAUAUUGGAGGUUCUGUUUACCAGACCGCUUGCACCCAUUUAAUAAUUCCUCACGUCUUGGCCAGUGAGAAAUUUUUGGCUUCUUGUGCUGCAGGAAAGUGGGUUGUGACUCCAGACUAUGUUCUGGACAGUGUUAGGAAUGGUUCCUGGCUCCCAGAGGGACUCUAUGAGGUGGCCAUUCCCAGAGGUAGUAUGUCUGCCUUCUAUCCCGCCAGACACUGGAGGAAGAAUGUGACCAGUGGGGCAAUAACAGGGGCCUUCCAAGGCUGGAAGGUUCUUCUCAUGGUCCAAGAUGCUUCCCGUUCCAUCAUGUUCAAACGGGUCCUGGAAGCUGGUACCGCCAUAGUAUACAGCUAUCCUCCGCCCUCUCACACCGUCAUCACUCACGUCAUAGUCAAGCCCAUUACACAGGACGCAAGCUCCCACAAUGGUCCUUGCUUCCCUGUGACCCACAUCAUCCAGUACCUCUUUGGGAGAAAUUGUGUUGACAUGAAGUUCAACGUAACAGAUGAUUUUAAUGAAGCGAAGGAGGCCAGUGUUGUGGAUGUUGACUUUUCUAAACUGGAGGGAGACCUCAGAGACCACGUCAUUGAACAGGAGGACCGACCAAGACUGCUCUUCCUUGAAUUUCUGAGUUACCACGACCCACAUCAUCCUCUGUCACAGGUAAUUGAAACGGACUUCGGCAACAUUGGCACCAUGAUAGAAUGUGGCCUCUUCAUCGAAGCCUUGGACACAAUCCGAAGUGCAGUGUUCCCUGGGAUUCUGCCACCAGCACCGUACCUGGUGGCUCUCAUUGAGUAUGCACAGCAGGGUAGUGCGACAACUCUCUUCCUGAGGACAUUCCAACAAAUAAUGCAUAGGUUGCUGGUUGCCAACCCUCCUUGGCUGGCUCCUGCGAACGUGAAGAAGUAUUAUAGUCAGGUGUUGCAGUGCCCUCACUGCAAGAUGGGCCAGUGGCCUUUUCUGGAGACAGCCAUAAGUUACUGCCUGUCAAGUGAGGCCACUUGUCACCAGCUCCCUGGGCCGGCACUGCCAACUCUUUUAAACUUCUACAAUGAUGUCCUGGCAUUUUUUCUCAAGCUCUUCCAAGGGGAACUCUACUCCAUCACUGGAGGGGAUUUCAUGCAGCUUCCAGAAACGGGAGUCUAUCAGGUAUCAAAAUCUGGUUCUUUGCUGUAUAGAACCUUCUGGACUGUGUGGGAACGCUCCACCCUGUUGUCUUGCGCUGUAAAAAAGCUUGUCCAGCUCAUGAUGCAGGCUGCCUCCGGGGACAAUGCUGAGCGCGACGAGGAGCCCAAAUGGCAUCUGUUGGCCAUCCUGCUGGACCUCCUGUCAGUGUUGGUAGAGUUUUGGUUUCGGCACCACUGCAAACUGAAUCACAAGCUUGUGGAAAAGGGCCUGAAAGACCUAUCAGACCACUUUGCCAUCAGCAGCCAAUAUCUGUCUUCAGUGGUCCUUGCAGAGAUGGUUGCCAGAAUUUCCUCAACCAGGCUUAAACUUGCAUUGGUGGAUGCGAUAUUCAGGAAUAUCUGCUGCACAAUUGGAAUUACACUGGCGGGAGAACCUCUGUCUCUCAAGAAAGUGAUGCUGUCCUACUUGCCUGCGCUCGGACGUUUAGCUCAGAGUCAGAGCUGGACACACCACACCACCAAAAGUUGUACGAGCCUGGACACCAACUGCGGAACUCUGAGCUCAGUGGAGAAUGAAUCGAGGAAAGAAUGCAUCCCAAGAGGCCUCAACAAAGUUAAUGCAGCAGGCGAAACCCUCCUCCACAGAGCAUGCAAAAGGAACCAAGUGGAAACUGUGAUUCAGAUUCUGGCGCGCCCUGGCAUCGACAUCAAUGUUAAAGACCACGUAGGAUGGACACCUCUACACGAAGCAUGUAACUAUGGCAGCACUGCGUGCGUGGAGGCUUUGCUUCGUCACUGGCCCACCCCUCUCAUUAAUUAUGUGGUGGACGGAGUUAGCCCUCUGCAUGAUGCCCUGCUCAAUGGGCACGUGGAUAUCGCCAAAAUGCUUCUGGAGGCUGCAGGUUCUGAGCUCCUCCAGCAAGCAGAUGAAAAAGGCCGCACCACAUUGGACCUCACCUCCGACACAAGUGAGAGGGCGGAGCUUAUCCACAGCGCGCAAGUGGGCGACUCCAAGCUGAACUCUGCAAAGGUGUUGAACCACGCCCUCCUGGAAGCGGGGUCCUGUAUGCUAGUACACCUCCUCGUGUGCUACCAGCAGGAAAAAGGCCUGCCCGGCUCUACGCUUGCUAGCGACGUGGGGCACACGCUGGUACGGGGCCUGGAGGCACACCCCCUCCAAAGAGUGACACUUGGCUGGACGGACCAGCGAGCGGUGAGUCUUGCGGAUGACACCCACACGCUGCUGGAGCUGGCCAGAGGAAAACACUCGGGACAGGUUUGCGAGGCGGUGAAAGCGUAUGAAGGAGAGAAUACAGUGAUCCUCAUGGUGAUCCUGGGGAGUAUGCAAUCUAAAGGACAGACCCUCUUAGCAGAAGUAAACAGAUAUUGAGAGAUAACGUACCUAGUCAUGUUAUCAAUCAAAUUAUAUUGAGAAGAUGCCUGGAGGCAUAUUUUUGCACUUUUCUUUUUACUUUUGUGCCACAUAAGUUUGGAUUUUCAAAAAUAUUCAUCCACUUUUACUACCUCAAGCUAGUUUGUGUUAGUUAGUUUAUGCACAUGCAGCUGUGAGAUUUUUUUGUUAAUCUCGAAAUAAAAAUACAGUGGUUAUCUCAAUAUUGCAUCUAAACUUAAUGUGUUUACAGAACGGUUUAGUUCAGUAGCUAAUUCAAUGAGUAUUAUUAGGCAGAUUUAAUUAAAAAAAUACUUCAGGUAGGAAAUUCCUGCCUAAUUUCUAUAUUCCUAAUAAUAUACAAUAUUGAAAUUUCAGAUUGUAAAUUGUGUUUUCUUUAGAAGUAAGCCAUAAUUAUCAUAGAAAAAUCUUGAAAUAUUUUACCGUGUGCUUUGAAUGAGUUUCACUUUUUGAAUUCAACUACUGAAAUAAAUUGUG